AUGGGAUUGAAGUCCCUCUCCCAUUCUCUAGCCCGCAAGCAGUUCCCCAAGAGGAAGCUGGAAAGCAGAAGUGAUGGAGAGGGGGCAAAAGAGGAGGGGAAGGAGGUCGACGAAGGGCAGGAGAGUAAGAGAGCACGAGUUGAGGCCUCACCUGGACAGACAGACAACGAGAUGAUGGAGGUGGAAGAGAAGAGCGCAGAUGGGAAGACUGCAGUGGAGGAACAGAAAGAGAAGGAUGAAGCAAAAACAACCGUAGUUGAGGACAAUGCAAACAAUAAGAUGAAAGAAAAGGUUAAAAAUAAGGUAAAACAGGAGAAAAAGAUAAAUGUAGAAAAUGGGAAGAAAGAAAAAAAAGAAGACAAGAAAGAGAAGGAACAUAGCAGUCCUGAACGAGCGGUUAAAAAAGAAAAAAACACAGAGGAGGAAGGGGGAUCGGCCAAAAAGAAACCCAUCAGCAGCUUUUUUGCUCCCAGAAAGGCAGCUGUCAAACUGGAAAAAGAGGAGCGAAAUGAGGGAGAAAAAAAGAAGGAUGGGGAGAUCUCUGAUGCUGCUGAACAGAAAGAGAAGAAAAGUGAAAAGGGG